UGCCUCCUCAUUCGACUCCUCGUUUCCUUGUGGUGCGUAGUUCAGUUCAGUGUAUUAUCAAAAAUGAAAGCUGUCAGUGUAGUGUGUGCGGACAACCUCACCGGAAUCAACUCCGGUCGAGUGUCCAAACCCAAAAAGGAUAUAGAAAACGAGGAAAUCCAAAUGUACAUCAGCAAACUAAAGGACUUGGUGCCCUUCAUGCCCAAAAACCGAAAACUAUCAAAACUGGAAGUGAUCCAAUACGUCAUCGACUACAUCUGCGACUUGCAAAGUGCCCUUGAGACGCACCCCGCCGUCAGCAGUUUCGACGCCACCGCCGCGUUAGGCCAGAAGAAAUCGCAGGAGGCGGUUAGUCCACGACAGCCCUUAGGCCUCCGGGCGAGUCCCAACACCAUCCUCUCGCCGUGCGAGGCGCCCGUCCUCCAGACAACGCCGGAAAAACUGACGUCAGAAAGGCAGGUUCCUUGCUAAGUAAGAACUUCGAACACAGUGAUCUUGAAUAUCAUCCUCAUCUCAUUCCGAAAGAAUCGCAGUCUUCGAGGAGACUCUAUUUUUGGAUAAUUCGCCUCAUUUUAGUUAGAAGAACGACUGAAGCCAUUAUUUAUAUUGCGAGUGGAGGAACAGUGUGUGCGUUGAAGAGAAAGUGAAAUAUGUGAAGCACUUAGUGAUGUACCUGUUUAUGUUGCAAUUGUUAGAUUUUAUUUUAUUGUUUUGUACAUAUGUUAGGCGAGUUUAUUGUACUUUUCCAUUUUUUUAUUUGGUAGUUUCAUUCGUGAAAUUUUGAUCUUCUAGCUUUAUCACAGAUUUUUUAAUUGAUUGAUUUUGUGACUUUUCAUUCUGUGAUUUUUAGUAAGUAAUAGUGUACAAAGUGUAAUCUCCACGUGGGAAUUGUUGGGAUCACAAUUUUGAUUGUGGUUUUGACUGUGUACAUUUUUGUUCUAGAACUUAUUGUAAAUAGUUACCUAUAUAGCAACUGAAUGUUGUUUGAAUUUUUAUUAUAUGAAGAUAUUUCAAAUAAAAUGAUUUUAGAAGGAA